CCCCACUUCUCUCCUCCUUUCUGAGAAGACAGACGGCACCUCCUCCAGACUCCAUCAUGGCAACCACGGUCUACUCCCGGAGCUCCAUGGGCCGAGCUUUCUCCGGCGGCUCAUCUGGAGGCAUGAGCUCCUUCAGCGUGGCUGGGGGGGCAGUGGGCGGCGGCCUGAGAGUCUUCCAGGCCAGCCGCAGCUUAGCUGGAGGCUCUGGUGGAGGUGUAAGGAUGGGCGGGACUGCAGGCUUAACCAGGAAAGCAAUGUUUGGCCUGGAUGCAGGCUUUGAUGGAGGUGCAGGCUUUGAUGGAGGUGCAGGCUUUGAUGGAGGUGCAGGCUUUGGUGGGGGUGCUGGCUUUGGCGGGGGUGCAGGCUUUGGCGGGGGUGCAGGUGGAGGAUUCGGAGGAGGGAUGGAGGACAGCGUGAUUGGAAACGAGAAGUUCACCAUGCAGAACCUGAACGACCGGCUGGCGGCGUACCUGUCUAAGGUGGCGGCGCUGGAGAAGGCCAACGCCGAGCUGGAGCUGAAGAUCCGGGAGUUUGCAGAAACCAAGACCAGCCCGUCCAGGAGAGACUACAGCGCCUUCUUCGUCACCAUUGCUGAGCUGCAGGCUAAGAUCCAGGACGCCAACAUUGCCAGAAGCUCGGUGGCUCUGAACAUCGACAACGCCGGUCUGGCUGUGAACGACUUCAGGAUGAAGUUUGAGAACGAGCUGGCCAUGCGUCAGUCGGUGGAGGCAGACAUCGCCGGGCUGAAGGUGAUCCUGGGAGAGGUGGGGAGAGCCAAAACUGACUGCACCAUGGAGAUCGACAGCCUGACGGCGGAGAGAGACUCCAUGAAGGCCAACCACGAGGAGGACCUGCUGUCCUUACGCUCCCAGAUGAGCGGCCAGGUGAACGUCGGGUUGGAAGCGGCUCCACAGCAGGACCUGACAAAGGUGAUGGAGGAGAUCCGAGAGUACUACGAAGCCCUGGUUCAGAAGAACAGCAAGGAGCUCGACAGCUGGUUCAGUGAGAAGUCGGAGGCUCUAAUCAUAGACCGGGAGACGACGACGGUAAACCUAAAGUCCACCGUGUCCGAGUCCAAGGAGCUGCGCAGUCAGCAGCAGAGUCUGGAGAUCGAGUUGCAGGCGCAGCUGACCAUGAAAAGGUCUACGGAGGAGACGCUGCUGGAGGUCCAGAACCGCUUCGCCAUGAAGAUGGUCGACAUGCAGAUGCAGGUCUCCUCCUUGGAGAAUCAGCUGACGCAGCUGCGCAACGACCUGGAGCGGCAGAGCCAGGAGUACCAGAUGCUGCUGGACAUCAAGACCAAGCUGGAGAUGGAGAUCAGCGAGUACCGCCGGCUGCUGGACGGCGAGAGCCUCGAGUCCUCCUCUACAUCUUCAACCAAGACCAUCAUCACCAAGGUGGUGGAGACCACGACGGGGUGAAGCCCCACCCCUGCGGUCCAGAGUCUUCCUCAUCAUCAUCAGUGAUGGAGUUCCCGCUCCUCCUGGAAGCUUCUGUCUGUCUGUCUUCUCUCCUAAAUAAAUCUGAUCUCCAACCACA